AUGGGUCAGGGGAAUAAAACACAGACAUGGAUGAGUGAGUUCAUUCUGCUGGGGCUCUCAAGCAACUGGGGGAUUCAAGUCUCCCUCUUUGUCUUGUUCUUGGCCAUGUACUUGGUGACUAUUGUGGGAAAUGUCCUCAUCCUUCUUCUGAUCAGACUGGACAGCAGGCUUCAUACCCCCAUGUAUUUCUUCCUUAGUGUUUUAUCUCUUGUGGACCUUUGUUACUCAAGCAGUAUUGUCCCUCAAAUGCUGGUCCACCUGCUCUCAGUGCAGAAGUCCAUCCCAUUCUACAGCUGUCUGGUCCAGCUCUCUAUAUCCCUGGCACUGGCUGCAUCUGAGUUCCUGUUGCUGGGGGCCAUGGCCUAUGACCGCUAUGUGGCAGUGUGCUACCCACUACACUACACGGUCAUCAUGCAUGGAGGGCUGUGUCUGGGACUGGCUGUUGGCUGCUUGGUGGCCGGUUUCACGAAUUCAUUGAUGGAGACAGUCAUCACCUUUCGGCUUCCCCUGUGUCACAAUGUCAUUAAUCACUUUGGUUGUGAGACCCUAGCAGUGCUGCGGCUAGCCUGUGUGGAUAUCUCUUUCAACAAGGUCAUGGUGGCCGUCUCAGGAUUUCUGAUGAUCAUGCUUCCCUUUUCCCUGGUUCUGUUUUCCUAUGGUCGUAUAGUUGCUGCCAUUCUGCACAUUCAUUCUGCUCAGGGACGUAGCAAAGCAUUUGGGACGUGCACCUCUCACCUCAUUGUGGUUUCCAUGUGCUUUGGAACAGCCAUCUUCACCUACCUGGGGCCACGGUCCGCCUACUCAGUGGAAGGGGAGAAGGUGGUUGCUCUGUUCUAUGCUGUAGUGGCCCCUAUGUUGAACCCCUUGAUUUACAGCUUGAGAAAUAAAGAAAUUAUGGCUGCUCUCAGUAAACUUUUAGAGAAAUUCAGAGACAAAGGGUAA